ACUGAGAAGCACUCCACAAUGCCAGACUCACCUGUGGAUGUGAAGACACAAUCUAGGCUGACUCCUCCAACCAUGCCACUGCCCCCAACCACUCAAGGAGCUCCAAGAACCAGCUCAUUUACACCAACAACAUUAACUAAUGGCACAAGCCAUUCGCCUACAGCCUUGAAUGGCGCCCCCUCACCACCCAAUGGCUUUAGUAACGGGCCUUCCUCUUCUUCCUCUUCUUCUCUGGCUAAUCAACAACUGCCCCCAGCCUGUAUUGCCAGGCAACUCAGCAAGCUGAAACAGUUUCUCACUACCCUGCAGCAGUUUGGCAAUGAUAUCUCACCAGAGAUUGGAGAAAGAGUCCACACCCUUGUGCUAGGACUGGUGAACUCUACUUUGACAAUUGAAGAAUUUCACUCCAAACUGCAAGAAGCUACUAACUUCCCACUUCGACCUUUUGUUAUCCCAUUUUUGAAGGCCAACCUGCCCCUGCUGCAGCGCAAGCUCCUCCACUGUGCAAGGCUGGCCAAACAGAACCCUGCCCAGUGCCUCGCCCAGCACGAACAGCUGCUUCUGGAUGCCAGCACCACCUCCCCUGUUGACUCCUCAGAGCUGCUUCUUGAUGUGAAUGAAAACGGGAAGAGGCGAACUCCAGACAGAACCAAAGAAAAUGGCUUUGACAGAGAGCCUUUGCACUCAGAACAUCCAAGCAAGUGACCAUGCACUAUUAGCCCAGGCCAGCGGUACAGUCCAAAUAAUGGCUUAUCCUACCAGCCAAAUGGCCUGCCUCACCCCACUCCACCUCCACCUCAGCAUUACCGUUUGGAUGAUAUGGCCAUUGCCCACCACUUCAGGGACUCCUAUCAACAACCCAGCCACAGGGACCUCAGGGACAGAAACAGACCUAUGGGGUUGCAUGGCACACGUCAAGAAGAAAUGAUUGAUCACAGACUAACAGAGAGAGAAUGGGCAGAAGAAUGGAAACAUCUUGACCAUCUGUUAAACUGCAUAAUGGACAUGAUAGAAAAUACAAGGCGAUCACUCACUGUACUAAGGCGAUGUCAGGAAGCGGACCGGGAAGAACUGAAAUACUGGAUCCGGUGGUACAGUGAUGCCGAAGACUUGAAAAAAGGUGGCAGCAGUAGCAGCAGUCACUCCAGGCAGCAGAGUCCCGUCAACCCUGACCCAGUGGCAUUAGAUGCACAUCAGGAAUUCCUUCACAGGCCUGCGUCUGGAUUCGUGCCAGAGGAGAUCUGGAAGAAAGCUGAGGAGGCCGUCAAUGAGGUGAAGUGCCAGGCAAUGACCGAGCUGCAGAAGGCUGUGUCUGAGGCGGAGCGGAAAGCCCACGACAUGAUCACGACAGAGCGAGCCAAAGAUGCAGCGCACAGAGGCUGAACCAAGAGGCAGGCAGCAGAGGACGCACUGGCAGUUAUCAAUCAGCAGGAGGAUUCGAGUGAGAAUUGCUGGAAUUGUGGCCGUAAAGCAAGUGAAACCUGCAGUGGCUGUAACACAGCCCGAUACUGUGGCUCCUUUAACCAGCACAAAGACUGGGAGAAACACCACCACAUCUGUGGACAGACCCUGCCCCCGCAGCAGGGGGACACGCCCGCAGUCAGCUCCUCUGUCACGCCCAGCAGCGGGGCCGGGAGCCCCAUGGACAAACCACCAGCAGCCACUCCGAAGUCGACCACCCCGGGGACCCCUUCCACCAUAGAGACAACCCCUCGCUAG